AUGGAGAGGUCCCUGGAGGCGGGCAACAUGACCAGAGUCCAGGAGUUUGUCUUGCUGGGCUUGUCCACCAGGGUGGACAUAAGGGAUGUCCUGUUUGCCGUCUUCCUGACGCUCUACGUGCUGACCCUCCUGGAGAACACACUCAUCAUCUACCUUGUGUGCAGUCACAGUGAGCUCCGCAAGCCCAUGUACUUCUUCCUGGGCAACCUCAGCUGCCUGGAGAUGUGCUACGUGUCAGUGACCGUGCCCAGCCUGCUCGUGGGGCUGCGGACCGGUCCCUGCCAUGUGCCCUUCACAGCCUGCAUGACCCAGCUCUUCUUCUUCAUCUCUCUCAUCUGCACGGAGUGCACCCUCCUGGCGUCCAUGGCCUAUGACCGCUACGUGGCCAUCUGCCGCCCACUCCACUACCCCCUGCUCAUGAGGCCCCAGGUCUGCCUGGGCUUGGCCAUGACUUCAUGGCUUGGGGGGCUGCUGGUCUCGGUGGUCAAGACAUCUUGCAUUGCCAGCCUGUCCUACUGCGGCCCCAACGUCCUCAACCACUUCUUCUGUGACGUCUCCCCUCUGCUCAACCUGUCUUGCACCCAUGUGGCCCUGACUGAGCUGGUGGACUUCAUCUCUGCCAUCGUCAUCCUCUGGGGUUCCCUCCUUGUGGCCAUAGCCACCUAUGUGGCCAUCGGGAGGGCUGUGCUCCGCAUGCCAUCAGCCGCUGCCCGGCACAAAGCCCUCUCCACCUGUGCCUCCCACCUGGUGGUGGUGGGCAUCUUCUACUCAGCCACUCUCUUCAUCUAUGCCCGUCCCAGCCGCAUAGAAGCCAUGGACCUCAACAAGAUGUUGUCCGUCGUCUACACGGUGCUCACGCCCAUGUGCAACCCUGUCAUCUACUGCCUGCGGAACAGGGAGGUACAGGCAGCAUUCCGUAGAACCCUAUACAGGUCCCGAAGCUGA